AACCGAAGGCGAGCGGCAUCCAGGCCUCCGUGCGUCCGAGCCCGGUGUUCAAGCAGCAAGCAAGCAAGCCCCAUCGGCGGCGUUUGUACACUUAAGAGCGAAAUGUCCGGGGUGAAAAAGCUUCGUACGGAUCUCAACAGGUCGACCAAUGUGGUGUACCAGGCCCACCAUGUCAGCAGAAGCAAGAGAGGCCAAGUCGUGGGGACCAGGGGUGGCUUCAGGGGCUGCACCAUCUGGCUCACCGGUCUGUCUGGCGCUGGGAAGACCACCAUCAGCUUUGCCCUGGAAGAGUAUCUUGUGUCCCACGCCAUCCCUUGCUACUCACUGGACGGAGACAACAUUCGCCACGGCCUGAACAAGAAUCUGGGCUUCUCCGCCGAAGACCGCGAGGAGAACAUCCGGCGUGUCGCUGAAGUGGCCAAACUGUUUGCCGACGCCGGCCUCGUGUGCGUCACCAGUUUCAUCUCUCCUUUCGCCAAGGAUCGUGACGAGGCGAGGAAGAUCCAUGCAAAUGCCGGGCUGCCAUUUUUCGAAGUAUUCAUCCACGCGCCUCUUGAAGUGUGUGAGAGCCGAGAUGUAAAAGGGCUUUACAAGAAGGCUCGCGCCGGAGAGAUUAAAGGUUUCACUGGGAUUGACUCAGAUUAUGAGCGUCCUGAGGCGCCGGAGCUUGUUCUGAAAACUGGAGAGCUCACAGUGAAUGAAUGUCUCCACCAAGUAUUGGAUCUGCUCAAGGAGCAGAAUAUUGUACCGGGCGAGAUCAUGGAGGAGGUGAAUGAACUCUUUGUUCCGGAGAACAAACUGAAUCUUGCUAUGGCUGAUGCAAACACCCUGCCCACUAUCAGCAUCACCAAGUUGGAUCUACAGUGGGUGCAGGUUUUGGCAGAGGGCUGGGCCAGCCCGCUGAAGGGCUUCAUGAGGGAGAGAGAGUUCCUCCAGGUCCUGCACUUUGGCAACCUGCUUGAUGGUGGAGUCAUCAACUUGACUGUUCCUGUUGUCCUGCCUGUUAGUAAUGAAGCCAAGCAGGAGCUGGAUGGCUGUGCAGCUAUAGCUCUGGAGUACCAGGGUUCACGUGUUGCUAUUCUCAGGAACCCAGAGUUCUACCCACACCGCAAGGAGGAACGCUGUGCCAGACAGUGGGGCACCACUUGUCCACAGCACCCUUAUAUUAAGAUGGUUAUGGAAGGAGGCGAUUGGCUGGUAGGUGGUGACCUGGAGGUGCUGGAGCGAAUCAAAUGGAACGAUGGACUCGACCAGUACCGCCUCACUCCACAGGAACUCAAGCAGAAGUUCAAAGACAUGAAAGCAGAUGCGAUAUUCGCAUUCCAGCUGCGUAACCCGGUGCACAACGGUCACGCCCUGCUUAUGCAAGACACCAAGCGCCGUCUCCUGGAGCGAGGAUACAAAAAUCCAGUCCUCUUACUUCACCCGCUCGGCGGCUGGACCAAAGAUGACGACGUGCCUCUGGACUGGCGGAUGAGGCAACAUGCCGCCGUGUUGGAGGAGGGCGUCCUGGACCCAGCUAAUACCAUCGUCGCCAUCUUCCCCUCACCUAUGAUGUAUGCUGGGCCCACGGAGGUUCAGUGGCACUGCAGAGCCAGGAUGAUCGCUGGAGCAAACUUUUACAUCGUUGGCCGGGACCCUGCAGGCAUGCCUCACCCGGAGACGAAGCAGGACUUGUAUGACCCGACCCAUGGGGGUAAGGUCCUCACCAUGGCCCCCGGUCUCACAUCUGUGGAGAUCAUCCCUUUCAGGGUAGCAGCCUACAACAAGGCUAAGAAGGCAAUGGACUUUUACAGCCCAGAGCGACAAGCUGAUUUUGAGUUCAUCUCUGGAACCAAGAUGAGGAACAUGGCUCGGAGCGGAGAGAACCCUCCGGAUGGUUUCAUGGCCCCCAAGGCCUGGAAGGUGCUGGUCGAAUACUACACUUCUCUUCAGAAGAACAAGUAAUCAAAAGCUCGGCUCAGCAGUCAGCAGCAUACUGAUAAAGUCAGCUCUCAAAGGAAGUGUAGCAUACAUGCUAUCCUUCAGGAGUGUUUGAGAUGGAAUGAAUUUUGAUUUCUGCAAAUCAUUCAAGUCAAGGCAUUCUGACAGGGUGGGUGUUUUGCCUCCACCAAAUUAAACUGAUUUGUUUUAGGAAGUGAAAGCAUUACAUUUUUUUACAUUCCUAUAAAUCUAUGUGAUUUAUAAAUCCAUUGUGUUUAUAUACCUAUUAACUUAAGCUUUGUAUUUUAAUAAAUUAAGGGUACCAAGAUUCUUUUUUAUUUCUAUUUUAUAAAUUUAGAAACACAUCCCAAGACUGGGAAAUAAUUUUUUAUAUGUGACAUCUGAAGGACGCAAGACAAAAAACAUGUAGUUUUCACUUUUAUAGCAUUUUAACAUGGUAAUUCUGUCACUGUCUGUCGAGUUAUUUGUACGAUCUGAAUGGAAGUUACGUCGUAGUUGUGUCACUACAUACACUGCCUAAUUGUUUUAGAUGAAUGGAUGUUAAUUAAUUCCUCAUGUUAAUGUUUCAUAUUCUUGUGAGAUACUACAUAGUUUUAUAUAUAUAAUGUGAAAGUGCCUUUCUCUCAAAUGUCAAACUUGUAAAACAGAAAUUGUCAUUUCUUGAUGGUGUUUGCCUUAAAUGUCUAUAAGAGUUUUGUGAUAUUAAAAAAGUGGGCAUGUGCAUUCAUGUAAUAAAGACCUGCAGUUUUAGAAGGACAGAGUAUGUAAAAUGCAGUAAUAAAGGAAAUUAUUUGUUGUUAUGAA